AUGAUACAGAUGCUGAGUGCAGACGCAGAUACAGAUGCAGAUACAGAUGCAGAUGAUGAUGAUGACGAUGACGGUGACGACGACGACGACGGCGACGACGAUGACGACGACGAAAUUGAUGAUGCUAAUUUUGAUUUCAUUUUGAUUAUCAUAGUAUUUUACAGCAUAAACGUUUCAAUUUACGAUUCUGAUUGUCGUCAUCAGUUAGGUCGUCAUCGGUAUCCGGUGGAUUUUGGAAACUGUUUUUUUGUUGUUUGGAAACCAAAUUAA